AGCAAUAGUAGAAGAAGAAAAUACCGGAAGCUUUAGAGCUUUACCGAGUGACCCAGUUAGCUGUUCAGAUUAACAGUGAAUAAUUUUAUUGGCAAACAAUUCGUUUGGGUAUAAUAUUUUUGAAGAUGUCUUUUUUGAAAUGUCUUUUUUAUGAAGUCGCAUUUCGGGAGUGAAACGAAUUUUGAAACAAGGAUUUGCCAGGCAAAAUGGGCAUGUCGAUGUUGCCAUUUUUAUAAAAUACGCUAGCUAAUGUAAAAUUGAAUAAUCAAACCUUAUUUUAGUCGAUAUGAAUAAUAAUUAAAAACAGGUUUGACUUGCUCAUAUAAGCACGCCUUGUUAAGUUUUGUUCGCCGGUCGAUUAAUAAUCACUCAAUUAAAGUGCUCAAAGGAUACUACGAUUCUUCAAUUCCUUUUGAUGUUCGGUGUCUCGGAUAAGAUCCGAUCAGUCCCAUGUCUGCUGAGGCGUCAGUCGGCAGUCAUGCUGCAAACUCUGCCGAGUCUGCUGAUUCCCAACCUGUUUUCCAAAGCACUGUUGAAGACAGACAUCGCGGUCUGUUGGGAAGCAAAUAUGUCAAGUUAAAUGUGGGCGGUUCGCUGCAUUAUACAACCGUCCAGACAUUGACCAAGGAGGAAAGUCUACUGGAGAGCAUUUGUAAUGGAGGAACCGAAGUAAACAUAGAUUCAGAUGGUUGGGUGAUUUUAGACCGAAGUGGUCGGCAUUUUGGGCUCGUUUUGAACUUCUUGCGAGAUGGCUCAGUACCGCUCCCUGAGGACCACAGGGAACUUGAUGAGAUCCUGAAAGAGGCCCAGUACUACAGGGUCCAGGGUCUUAUCCAACACUGCAUCACUGCGAUGCAGAAACAAAAGGACAUAUUUGAAAGUGUCUGUCGCAUCCCAAUGAUCACAUCAGCCAAAGAAGAGCAGAAGAUGAUUGCAACCUGCAGAAAGCCAGUUGUAAAGUUGCAGAACAACAGGGGAAAUAACAAGUACUCAUAUACCAGCAAUUCAGACGACAACCUGCUGAAAAACAUCGAACUAUUUGACAAACUUGUGCUUCGCUUCAAUGGCCGGGUGCUGUUCGUCAAAGACGUGCUGGGUGACGAGAUUUGUUGCUGGUCUUUUUAUGGCGAAGGUCGUAAGAUCGCCGAAGUAUGCUGCACGUCCAUCGUCUACGCCACAGAAAAGAAGCAGACCAAAGUUGAAUUUCCAGAGGCUCGAAUUUUUGAAGAAACCCUCAAUAUCCUCAUUUAUGAGAAUGGCAGAAGAUCCGGUCCGGGAGGCUUACACCUAUUAGAUUCUAGAGGGUCAGGUUCUUCAGUGGGCACCGGGCAGUCAGAAGAAGAGGGCGCAGUGGGUGACAGGCGAGUGAGGCGAAUUCACGUCAGGAGGCACAUAAUGCAUGACGAAAGAGGGCACGGCCAACAAACUGUAUACAAGGAUUAACAGAUUGAAGACACAAAGGCACGUUGCAACGACCUGAUCGAUGAAAUGAUGGCAAUAUCUCCACUGUCAAUAGUACUAUUAUACAGCCCAAGUUAAGGUGUAACCGGAGAGAUGGUGCAGAUGUUUACAUGUUUGAUAAUUGGGUACAGCAUUCAAAUAGGAAAAAAACCCGGGACAUAAAACUGGCAUAAAUAUGUCAUCAUUAUUCCUUUCCACCUUAAAUGUGGGUGUUGAUGUUAUGUAGUGUUGCACCGAUACCAUUUUUUGACUCCCGACACAGAUUUAUAAACUUUGUGGCUGAUACUGUACUGAUCACAGCUUUUUCGGGGGGGGGGGGGGGGGG